GUAGCAAUGCAUAUCGCAACGUCCAUACGCUACGAGCUUAAUACUACAGAAGGGGCAGAAGAGUGGAAGAGACUCGUUCCGUCACAGGGCCACGUUGUCUUUGUCAAUGCAGAUUCCAGGUCUUGGCCGAAGCCAUACACCGUCACUUUGUUUCAUCAGAUGAAGUGUCUUGACAUCCUUCGUGAAGCUUACCUUUCUCCUCCAGUAGAGAGACCGUCCAUGCUUGUGCGACACUGUCUAAAUUAUCUGCGCCAGACUGUCUUGUGUAGGCCGAAUCUCUGGCUGGAGUCUGUGAAGAAUCCUGCAGGCCAGGCCUCACGAGAAUAUGACAUGGUUUGCCAUGACUGGACAAAAGUGUAUGAGGAAGCAGAGAGGAACCAAAUGGAGUUUAAGGCAUGGAAGGAAAACAAUGUUUCAAAUGUAACUAAUUACUCUUCUGAUUCCUGA